AUGUCGAAGUUCUUGGUGGUGAAGGGAUGCGACCAAUACAACGUGGUCAUAGGGCGCUCGACGCUGAGGGCACUGAAGGCGGCCACAUCCAUUUACCACCAAACCAUGAAGUUUCUGACACCCACUAGGAUCGGAAGGGUCCACGGAAACCAAUACGAGUCGAGGCUAACUUAUUCGGAGACGGUCCGCCACUAUGCCGAGCCGACACAGGUACGAAGAGAACUGAGGAUGGUGGAGACUAGAGCGGAAGGGUUCGACCUAGAUCCGAGGCUCCCAACGGAAGAGCCUGGAACGAGACCGGUCGAGGAAUUGACCGAAGUCCCCAUCGAUGAGAGAGAGCCUUUAAGGAGGCUGAAGGUGGGCUCGGGGCCAGAGGGGUUGAACAUCGACGAGAAGUGCCCGCCUGAAAGACAAAAGCGUCGACCGAUGAACGCGGAACGGUACGAGGCCCUGCGGGCAGAAGUCGACAAGCUGAUUAGGAACAAUUUCAUCCGAGAAGUCCUAUACCCCGAAUGGGUGUCAAAUCCCGUGUUGGUGCAGAAACCCAACGGGGAUUGGCGAACAUGCGUUGACUUCAGUGAUCUGGCAUGUCCCAAGGAUAGCUUCCCACUACCAAGAAUCGAUUAG